CUUAUUUUUGCAUUUUACGGGUCAAAUGGGGUAUGAAAAGAAAGCUAAGGGUCUAAUUAGGGUAAUGCAAUCGCCAAAAUUCACAAUCCAUUUCGCUAAAUUAGGUUUUUUCGCAAAUGAAAAUUUCUUGCUUUUUUCGCAAAUGAAAAUGCAGAAAUAAGUAUUUUUAUAGAUAAUUAGUACCACUGAGAUACCGCUAGAUGUCGCCACCAUGUUCAUUUUGUGACAGUUCGCACUAAUUACGAAAAAAACCUAAUUAAGAGGAAUAAUUUGCGAACUUUUUUAUAUACCUCCGUAAAAUUAGACUCCCUGCUUUCUUUCUAUGUGUGUUUUGUCCUAGAAAAACGUAUGUGUAAAUAGUUGAAUUUUUUUUCAAUAGAUCGAAGGAUGUCCUUGUCGCACACUAUUGCUUUCCUUGUCUAGCGUCAUUAGACAAGGAGCGCGCGACAAGACAGACACAUACGCGCCGUAGACAAAAAGGGUAACAACGUGCGACAGUUUUAUUUGCUCUUAUUACUAUUUUACUGUAUUUUAGUUAACUUAAGUUGUAAAAAAAGCAGCGUCCAUUUAAUUCUUCGUUUAUCAAACAUAAGUAGUAUUUUAAUAGAAGAUAUUGUUAUAUUAAUUUGUUAUAGAAUAAUACUACAAUAUAGUUUUGAAUUAUUAAUAUGGAAACUGUUGAGGAAUUUCCUUUUCCUUUCCCACCAUAUCCAAUACAAACUCAAUUUAUGAAAGAAUUGUAUAAAUGUUUGGAAAAUGCUCAAUUAGGAAUCUUUGAAAGUCCAACUGGCACUGGUAAAUCUAUGUCAAUUAUUUGUGGUGCAUUAAAGUGGUUACUUGAUUACGAAGAAUUGCAAAAGAAUCAAUUGACAACUGCAAUUUUUGAACUUGAUGAACAAAUCAAACAAUAUACUAACUCUUCUGAUAAUUGGUUUUCUGUACAAACUCAACAAAUAGAAUUAAAUAAUAAAAAGCAAGCAUUACAAACAAAAUUAAAUAAUAUUAUUCAAUAUGAGCAAAAAAAGAAUGUUUUAAGAGAAAAAAGUAAAAGUAUGAAUAAUAAGAGAAAGGAUUUGUCUAAUAAAAAUAUAACAAAUUCUACGAAGGAUGAACAUGAAGCACAGAAUGAUCCAGUUGAUAAAAUUAAUGAAAAAGAAAGUAUUGAAGAAAGAUUACUUCUGGAAGAUCUAGAGCAUUCAGGAAGUUCUGAAGAUGAAGACAAAGAGGAAAUUUAUGAAAAUGUAAAAAUUUUCUUUUGCUCUAGAACUCAUUCUCAAUUAUCCCAGUUUAUAGGAGAACUCAGGAAAAGUCCUUAUUCAAAAAAUGUAUCUGUAAUAACAUUAUCAUCUAGGCAAAAUUAUUGCAUUAAUAAAAAUGUAAAAAAGUUAAAACAUUUAAAUUUAAUGAAUGAAUGCUGUUUGCAAUUACAAAGGAAAAAGGCAACUGUUAGAGAUGAAAAAGAUCUUAAAAGAAAGAAGAUAACCAAUAAUUGCCCUUUUCUGCCAGGAAAUCAAGAUUUAUUAAUAGGAGAAAGCUUGACAGAGAUUCAGGAUAUUGAAGAAAUUGUCCAAAAAGGAGAAAGUCUUAAUACUUGUGCAUAUUAUGCAUCAAGAAAAACAGUUCCAUACAGUCAACUGAUACUAGUACCAUACAAUACUAUAUUGCAUAAAAAUACUAGAAUUAACUCAGGGAUAAAUUUGAAAGGAAAUAUAUUAAUAAUUGAUGAAGCACAUAAUUUACUUGAAGCCACUGAAAAUGUACAUAGUGUUAUGAUUACAGGCAGAAAUUUAUUGCAUUGUUAUAGUCAACUUUCUCAAUAUCAAAAAAGAUUUCAAACAUUAUUCUCAGCUAAAAAUGUUUUGAACUUAACUCAACUAAGUUUCUGUUUGAGAAAACUUAUAACAGUUUUAGGAGCUACUACAAAAUCAAAUCCUGAUGAUGCUACAAAUGCAGAAACAUCACCAAAGUUAUAUAAAAUAGAAGAAUUUGAAGUAAUGACAGAAAUUGAUACAGUAAAUAUAUUUGAAUUGUUGAAAUUUAUUAAAAAUUCUCAAUUAAGUCAUAAACUAGAAGGAUUUAUAGAACAAUAUAAUACAAAUUUAAAAACUCAUAAUUAUAAUACAAAGACAUCUGGCAUAAAACAAUUUUUGCAUUCAAUUAAAACAAACAGCACAAAAUCUGAUACAGUGAUAGAUGUGCGACCAAAAGAAGAACAAACAAAUAAUCCAAUAAUAGCGAUUAUAAGUUUUUUAGAAUGUUUACAAAGCUGCUGUAGUGAUGGACGCAUAUUUAUCAUUCCAGGUCCAACUGUUGGACAAAGUAAUAUAAAAUACCUUCUGUUAAAUCCAGCAGCACAUUUCCAUGAUAUUGUUCGAGAUGCUAGAGCUAUAAUAUUAGCUGGGGGAACAAUGGCACCAAUGAAUGAGUUUACAGAACAAUUAUUUAUAGCAGCUGGUGCUCCACCUGAAAGAAUUAUUACAUAUUCAUGUGAUCAUGUUGUUUCUGAAGAAAACAUAGUUUGUAACAUUAUAACUCAUGGACCAACUGGCAUUGAAUUCGAGUUUAAUUUCCAAAAUCGAGAAAAUAUAAAAUUGUUAGAUGAAUUAGGAAGAGCAUUAUUAAAUCUAUGUAAUAUCAUACCAGCUGGAAUUAUAGUAUUUUUACCUUCCUAUAAUUUUGAAGAACUAAUAUAUAAACAUUUAGAAAAAUCUGGUAUUAUUACAAAACUUUCCUUAAAAAAACAUGUUCUUCGAGAACCUAAAUUAGCUUCUCAGAUACAUGAAAUUUUAGAACAAUAUUCACUUCACGUAAAAAAACCAAAAACUCCACAAAAUGGAUCAUUAUUGUUUAGUGUAGUUGGAGGAAAAUUAAGUGAAGGAUUAAAUUUUUCUGAUGAUUUGGGAAGAUGUGUUAUAGUUGUAGGAAUGCCUUACCCUAACAUCAAGUCAUUAGAAUUACAAGAGAAAAUUAAAUAUUUAAACGAAAAUGUUAAAUCAGAUGCUGGUCAAAACUUCUAUGAAAAUUCAUGUAUGAAAGCAGUAAAUCAGUGUAUUGGACGAGCUAUUCGACACAUUAAUGAUUAUUCAACUAUAAUAUUAUUAGAUAAACGCUAUACUUGUAAAACGAAAGCACUUCCACAUUGGGUUCAACGUACAGUAAUUGUUCAUAAAAAGUUUGGUAGCACAAUGAGUGCUGUAGCUAAAUUUUUUAAUAAAAAGAAAAUUGAUAAAAAAAGUAACUGAUAAAAAAUAA